GCUGAGAAGAUCAUAGUGAAUGCAAAAAGAAUGAGUGAUGACAAAGAUGUUUUAUUGGAGGAAGCCUGUUUCAGGAUCAUCGAAGUGGAUGAUCCUGACCAAGGAAAUUAUGAGGAGCAAUCGCAGUCAAAUCAUAACGACUCCAAUAUUGAAAUUAUUACUGAGGAUGAAGCACGUCCAUAUAGAUUUUUGCAAAAUUGCAAUUCUGUUCCAUUAUGGAUUUGCGUUAUUUAUAACUUGUGCAUGAUUUUCAUAAUAGUGAUACUAUGCAUCUACAAACGCUGGCAUUAA